CUCCGAGGCUGGUAGCCCCGGAAACACCUGUUCGCCGCCUCCACGCCGGGGGAGACGUGUUGGGGCCGGGUUCGGUUGUCGUGAACUCUGACCCAAGCGUAUGAGUUUCUCUUUCCGGCACAAGAUGGCGCCGUCCACGCCGCUCCUGACGGUCCGAGGAUCAGAAGGACUAUACAUGGUAAAUGGACCACCACAGUUUACAGAAAGCACAGUGCUUCCAAGGGAAUCUGGGAAAAAUUGCAAAGUCUAUUCCUUUAGUAAGGAUGGAACCUUGUUUGCCUGGAGCAAUGGAGAAAAAAUAAAUGUUAUCAAUGUCACUACCAAGGGACUACUGCACUCCUUCGACCUUCCAAAGACAGUUUGCCUUGAGUUCUCGCCAAAAAACACUGUCCUGGCAACAUGGCAGCCUUACACUACUUCUAAAGAUGAUACAGCUGGGAUACCCAACCUGCAACUUUAUGAUGUGAAAACUGGGACAUGUCUGAAGUCUUUCAUCCAGAAAAAAAUGCAAAAUUGGUGUCCAUCCUGGUCAGAAGAUGAAACUCUUUGUGCCCGAAAUGUUAACAAUGAAGUUCAUUUCUUUGAAAACAACAAUUUUAACACAAUUGCAAAUAAAUUACAUUUGAAAAAAAUUAAUGAUUUUGUGUUAUCACCUGGACCCCAGCCAUACAAGGUGGCUGUCUAUGUUCCAGGAAGUAAGGGUGCACCAUCAUUUGUUAGAUUAUAUCAGUACCCUAACUUUGACGGACCUCAUGCAGCUUUGGCCAAUAAAAGUUUCUUUAAGGCUGAUAAGGUUACAAUGCUGUGGAAUAAAAAAGCUACUGCUGUGUUGGUAAUAGCUAGUACAGAUGUUGACAAGACAGGAGCUUCCUACUAUGGGGAACAAACGCUGCACUACAUCGCCACAAACGGAGAGAGUGCUGUGGUGCAAUUACCAAAAAAUGGUCCCAUUUAUGAUGUAGUUUGGAAUUCUAGUUCCACUGAGUUUUGUGCUGUUUAUGGUUUCAUGCCUGCCAAAGCGACCAUUUUCAACUUGAAGUGUGAUCCUGUGUUUGACUUUGGAACUGGUCCUCGUAAUGCAGCCUACUACAGCCCUCAUGGACAUAUCUUAGUACUGGCUGGAUUUGGAAAUCUGAGGGGACAAAUGGAAGUGUGGGAUGUUAAAAACUACAAACUUAUUUCUAAGCCAGUGGCCUCUGAUUCUACUUAUUUUGCUUGGUGCCCAGAUGGCGAGCAUAUUUUAACAGCCACGUGUGCUCCCAGAUUACGUGUUAAUAACGGGUACAAGAUUUGGCAUUAUACCGGCUCAAUCUUGCACAAGUAUGAUGUGCCAUCAAAUGCAGAAUUAUGGCAGGUUUCUUGGCAGCCAUUUUUAGAUGGAACAUUUCCAGCAAAAGCAAUAACUUACCAAGCAGUUCCAAGUGACGUACCCAAUGAAGAACCUAAAGUUGCAACAGCUUAUAGACCCCCAGCUUUAAGAAAUAAACCAGUCACCAAUUCCAAACUGCAUGAGGAGGAGCUACCUCAGAAUAUGAAACCACAACCAGGAAAUGAGAAGCCGUUAUCAAAAACAGCCCUUAAAAAUCAAAGGAAGCAUGAAGCUAAGAAAGCUGCAAAGCAGGAAGCAAGAAAUGACAAAAGUCCAGACAUGGCACCUACUCCCGCCCCACAGAGCACACCACGAAAUACUUUCUCUCAGUCAACUUCUGGAGACCCUGAGAUAGACAAAAAAAUCAAGAACCUAAAGAAGAAACUGAAAGCAAUCGAACAACUGAAAGAACAAGCAGCAACUGGAAAACAGCUAGAAAAAAAUCAGUUGGAGAAGAUUCAGAAAGAGAAAGCCCUUCUCCAGGAGCUGGAAGAUUUGGAACUGGGUAUUUAAAGAUUCACAGAAAGCAAGUUGGUUACCAUAAAUCAGUACAAACACAUUUUCUGUUAAACUGGUGUACAUGGAAUAUCCAUGUGCUCACAUUUAAUGUUCAUUUACAAUUUUAACCAUUUAUCCAAGAUUCUGCAUAUGUGUGAAAUUAUUUAAUAAUGUCUAUUAAGUUGAUUUUUACAUCUUGCAUUCUAUAUUAUGUCAACCCAUGAUAUAGAAAAGAGACACAUGGUUUUUUUAGUUAAGCUUGACAGAUUGAAAGACCAGUGUCACUGUUUUUUUGGUAAGGGACAGUAUUUACCAUAUAAACAAAUAAAGACAUUUUGCAUUUAGUCAUUGUUGGCUUUGUUAUAAGUUCCUAAUUAACAAGUCCUUUAUUAAUUUAUAAGGCAUAUUUGGGAAAUUUUUCUUUUGAAUAUAUAAUAUGGCUUCCUUGAUUCUAAAACAUUAUAUUGUCAAACUUUAAAGAAAAGCCUUAAAAUCAGGUUGCACUAAAUAUAUUGUUUAUAUUAUUUGUAGUACUUGAAGUAAAGUUUUUCUAACUAGUUCUAAAGUAAAUAUAGACUUUAAAAAUAGAAAAUAGUAAAACAUUUUAUUUUGAGAUUUCAAAUAAUAAACCUAAUAAUUUAAUGUUGAACUAUGCCUUUGCUGCUGAAAACGUGAACUAUGAUUAUUUUGCUAUAGUCGAGUCUUGAUUGUUUUGCUUGUUCACUCAUAUGAUUAAAAAAAGAUGUACUGAUGAUCCAAGACACUCAGCUAUCAAAACUAAUUUAUAUUCGGUUUCAGAGUCUAUUACAAUUUUUUCAUCAGUUUUACAGUUGAAGUUGUUUUUAUUUCAUUUUCAUUGAUACAGGUUUUCAUUUUCCAGAGCUAAUAUUUAAACUGAUAAGUAAAAGGAAAGAGCCUAGAAAUACUUUGAGAGAUAACCACAGAUAGUUAAGUUUAUUGAUGCCCCAAAGCUGCUAAUAAUAUUUGGUAAAGACUAAAUAAAUUAAGAUUUUAAUGAUA